AUGUCGCCUUUGCCCGACGCAGCUGCUCUGCCAUUCGUGAUUUUGGCAAAACUUGUCAUGUCACAACCACCGCCCUCAACGCCAUCGUCAAUGUCGUCCCAAGCAUCAAUGCCGGCGCCGGUGACGCACUCCAUGCGAGUCAUUCGCCGCGUUGUGCGGCUUCCAAAUUCAGCAGCUUUGGCGAGCCUUUCAUCACAACUUAGGUCAUGGUCGAUGGCAGGCGAGACCAGCGACGCAGAGACAAUCUCUCGCUCAGACCGGCCAAUCAUUCUCCAGUUGACAGUGCUGACUGUCACUAAACGAUCAACCUCACUGGCAGCCAGCAGCAUCUCAUCCAUGCAUCCUGCUUCUGACAUGCAGGAUCAACGUCGACGAGUCCGAGCGAGGCGUGCUCGCCUGAUUCCUGCUUCUCUUCCUCCUCCCCCGACCACACCGUUAUUGCCACCUGCAUACGUGCCCGUAGUUCCAAGUCAUACAAACUACUUGGUAUCAUCGCUGGGAGACGGCAAGCCAGCACUGUCACCAAUGCACGACGUCUGCACGUCAGAUUUGACAGGUGAUUCCUGUCAACGCUGGUCGGCCAUCCUUGGUCGGAAUAAUCGUCUACAACGAGAGCUCGAGGAUCCGCGCAUGCUGCUGAACGAUGCCUCUUGGAAUCUCGAGGCUGCUCAACGGUGCUUUGGGGAAGUUCCGGUCUCGCGUCCAAUUCAUCAGUGUCGAUCAGUGACAGGUUUGACGUCAACAACGACAUUGCCAGAGUCGACCAAGCCCGCUGAAAACGCCUCGCCGGAUCGAUUGAAGGGUGCCCCAAAGUAG